UAAAGUCUCUUGUCCAUGGCUCACAGCACCUCCAAGCUCACACCAUAGCCAUCCAUUAUCGCCACCGGGCCUUCGCAUCUACUCGAGUCUUCCCUUCAUUGGGCGCAAUCUGUCACCAGUGCUGCUACCCUUUUCAGUUCUCAGCAGAAAGAAACAAGGACAUCAAGUUACACUGCACAGCUAUGGAAGAACCAGAGGAAGUAACAUUUCAGUUUUUACGAGAAAUUACAGAUGGUUUCUCGGAGAAGCAGAAAGUUGGGAAAGGAGCAUUUGGAGCAGUUUACAGGGGAGUGACUGCAAAUGGCAAUCAUGUUGCUGUAAAGAUAUUUCUUCAAGGUCGCACUUCGGAUCUUGAUGACAGGCAAUUUCGAAAUGAGUUUUAUAACCUCACGAAGGUAAAACAUAAAAACAUUGUACGGGUUCAAGGUUAUUGCUAUGAAACAAAGCAAACACGUACAGAGUACGACGGAAAACCAGUACUUGCUGAGGAGACACAGAAAGCACUCUGCUUUGAGUUUUUGGGCAAUGGUACCCUAGAAAAUCAUCUUUUUGAGGAAUCUUGUGGCCUUGAGUGGGAUAUGCGGUACAAAAUUAUUAAAGGGAUAUGUGAAGGUUUAAAAUAUCUUCAUAAGGACAGGGGAGAAUCUCUAUUACACUUAGACCUAAAACCUGCCAACAUAUUACUAGAUGAGAACAUGGUGCCAAAGAUUGCAGACUUUGGUUUAUCCAAGAUCUUUAGUGACCAACUAGCAAGGACCACACAAAGUCCUUUAGGAACACUUGGGUUCCAGCCAGUAGAAUUCAUCCACGGAGGUAAAAUAUCAGAAAAAUUCGACAUAUUCAGCUUGGGUGGUAUAAUAAUAAGGAUAGUGUCAGGACCAGACGGCCACUCCAAAUAUGUAGACGCGCCGGCAGAAUUUAUUGAUCAGGUCCUGAGAAACUGGAGGAAGAGAUGGGAGAAAUACAGUAAUGGUUCCUUACUUGAAGCAUGGUUCCGCCAAGUAGAGACAUGCACCCAGAUAGCAUUGAACUGCUUGGAGGAUGAUAGCCAAAAAAGGCCAGAUAUUGUCAAGAUUAUCGAUGAGUUAAGUAAGAUAGAAGCCAUCAAUAACGAGGUAAUCAACCUGCAGGCUCCCAAGGAAAGAAACAAAACAACAGAGCACAGUGAGAUGAAGCCGACAAAGGAAUAUAAGGAAACAUCAUUCUAUGUUGGAGAAGAACUAAUUGUAGGAAGAGAAGGGAAUAAGGAAAAGAUGGCUUCUUUACUUGGGAGCAUGUCAGAGAAGAUCAUAAUCUUUCCUGUAUAUGGUAUUGGAGGAAUUGGCAAGACAACCUUUGCGAGACUAAUUUACAAUGAUACAAAUUUCAAAUAUUAUUCUCAGGCUUGGAUCUAUGUGUCCCCGAGAUUUGACUUGUGUAAAAUUGGUAACUCUAUAAUUUCACAGCUAUCUGGAAAGGAGAACCAAGCAAAUGAACUACAUUUAAUAAAGAAUUGCCUCACCAAACUAAUUGCUGGUAAGAAUAUUCUGAUUGUCUUAGAUGAUCUUUGGGAGAAUAAUAGAGUUCGACUAAUGGAUUUGAAGGAUAUGCUAAAUCCUGGUGACAGCAGCAAAACAGUUGUCUUAGUAACUACACGCAGUGAAAAUAUCGCGAGGACAAUUUGCAGUAACAUUGAACCAUAUAAGAUUGAAGCCCUGACAGAUGAAAUGUGCUGGGAUAUAAUUAAACAAAAAAGUGGUUUUGAAGCUAGACAUGACAAAGAAAAGUUUGUGGGUAUAGGAAAAGAGAUUGCCCGGAAGUGUGGAGGUGUGGCCUUAGCAGCUCAAACUCUUGGAUUCAUAUUGCAGUCCAGGAAAUAUGCUGAAUGGGAGAAAGUGAUGAACAGUGAAAUCUGGACUGAAACUAUUUCAAGGGACGCAUCUUUGCCAAAUCAUGUUCUUGCGUCCUUGAAAUUAAGUUAUGUGCAUAUGGAUGACUGCUUGAAGUCAUGCUUUACCUAUUGUGCAAUAUUUCCAAAGGGUUAUAAGAUUGUUAAACGCGAUCUAAUCCACCAAUGGAUUUCUUUGGAUUUCAUAAAGCAAACAUUACUGUCCUCCACUAUGGAGCUCUGUGAGAAGUAUAUUGUGAACCUCCUGGGACUGUCUUUUCUUCAACAUGCAAUGUCACCAACGACUUAUAGAGCGUAUGGUGAACAUGACACAGUGUUCACGAUGCAUGAUCUGGUGCAUGACUUGGCAACCACACUCCUCGGUGAAAAAAUUCUGGACCAGAGUAAAGAAGACUACACUGGGGGGAGCAGCUGCCGCUUUGCAUUGCUCACUGACUGUAGCAAGCCACUGGAGUCAAGCACGACUUCUCUUGCCAUGCUAAGGGCACUGCGUUUUAUGGACUGUCGGGAUUGUGAGGUACAUGGAUCUGCAUUUUGUGCUGCCAACUCCCUUCGAGUGUUGGAUUUAAGCGAGUGCUUCAUAAACAAGUUGCCAGAUUCUAUUGGUCGAAUGAAGCAGUUGAGGUACAUUAAUGCUCCAAAGAUCCAGGACCGAAUGAUUCCAGAAUGCAUCACAACGCUCUCAAAGUUAAGGUACCUCAGUCUUCGCGGGUCUUGUUUCAUCCUAGCAUUACCAGAUUCGAUUGGAGAAAUUCAAGAUCUGGUGCAUCUUGAUUUAUCUGGUUGCUGGGGCAUAGAAGAACUGCCAGAAUCAUUUGGUGACCUUAAAAGUUUGGAGCAUUUGGAUUUUGCAAAUUGUCAAGAUGUCAUAGGAGUAUCACAAUGCCUGGCUAGAUUUACAAAACUGCAAUACUUGAACUUAUCUAACUGUGAAAAUGUUGGACAGCUACCAAAAGCAUUGGGCAGUCUCACAGAAUUGCAAUACUUGAACUUAUCCAACAGCUCAUACCUUUCAGGAAACGAACUUGACGAGGCAGAGUUUUUGGGCUCCCUGACCAAACUCAAAUAUCUGAACCUAUCUGCAGGGAAAGAGGUGGACAUAAUGAGGUUGCCUGAAGCUUUAGGUAGCCUCACUGAACUCAAGUACUUGAACUUAUCACAUCUAUGUAGGCUGAGAAAAUUGCCUACAUCAUUUGGGAAUCUCUGUAACCUGGUGCACCUUGACUUGUCAAGUUGUGUUUAUCUUCGAGAUGUGUCAGCAGCUCUCAAUGGGUUAACCAAGCUCCAAUAUUUGGAUUUAGAUGGGUGCUCCGCUAAUGCACAUGCCAUGGAAGGGCUACAAGAAGUUUUUGGUAAUCUCAGUGAACUUCGACAUUUGAAUUUUGGCUACAUUUAUCAGAGUCUUCUCUAUCCAGAUGAAAUAAAUGUUCUCCUGGAGCGGAUCUGUACUCUCACUAAUCUUGAGUAUCUGAAUCUUUCUCAAAAUCAUACAAUGUCCAGCAUACCUGAAACUCUUUGUAACCUCAAGAAGUUACAUACACUAGACCUUUCGGGGUGCCAUAGUCUGCAUAGGCUGCCAGUAAGUAUAUCUGAAAUGCACAGCUUGAAGUUUGUAUACAGGAGCGAUAAGUUGGAUUGGUCCACGCUACCUCAGUACAAUACUGUUGAUGGUGAAUGCUUUGUGUGCGAGUAUGUCGAAGCUGAUUCUUUGGAGAUAAGAAGGCUUCAAAAUGUGAAGUCGGUAGAAGAGUUACAGGCAAUGAAGCUCGUGGAGAAGACACAUAUUAGACGCUUAAGUUUAGAAUGGACAGGAGCUGUGAGUAGAUUUGUGGAGGACGCAGAAGUUCUGAGGGAAUUAGUGCCACCACACAGUGUUUCAUUCUUCAGGCUAAAAGGUUAUAAUAGCAUCAGUUUUCCAUCCUGGGUUAUGCGCAUUGGUGCUUAUUUACCUGGUCUGACCACUAUGGAAAUGAACAACUUGCCCAGAUGUGGUAGCCUGCCAACACUUGGUCAGUUACCAAACCUUCAGAACCUGCGUAUCAUACAAAUGCACAGGAUUAAGAAGAUUGACGUGCACCUGUAUGGGGGGUCAAGAGCAUUUCCUCGACUUGAGAACUUCACCAUAGAUGAUAUGAAAUGCCUAGAAGAGUGGGACACGGAGGACGGUUUGAAUGAGCCCCCAUUCCUAUGCCUCAAUUAUGUAGAGAUAAAACGCUGCCCAAGGUUGAGGAUCAAACCACAUCUGCCACUAAUUAUAAGCAAGUUGAUGGUACACAGUAGUGACAAAGUAAUGUUGUUGUCACGGGGGAACAGUAUUCUCCUUCCCUCAAGUCUUCACGUGGAAUGCUGCAGGGUGCCUCUGCGUCACUGGAGCUUGCUUCGCCACCUCCCUUCCCUCGAACAUUUAGAGAUUGCACAGUGCAGCGACAUUACAUGCAGCUCAAUGGAUUUCGUUCGAGGUCUCACGUCCCUGAGGACUCUAACUGUGAGAGGUAUAGAAGAAAACCUCACUGGGGGUGGUGGCGAAAACUUGCCUGUCCUGACGCUGCCAGACUGGCUGGGAGACCUUACCUCUCUCACAAAACUUGAGAUAAGUGGCUACAAGUUUGUCAAGGUUCUGCCAGGCACCAUACAAAAACUCACCCACCUGCAAACUCUAAUUUGCAAGAGAAUGUUUUCGCUGCCGGAGUGGUUGGGAGACCUCAGAUCUCUCACGAGACUUGAGCUAGAUCAUUGCUCGUGGAUCAAGACUCUGCCAGACAGCAUACAACUACUUACCUGCCUGCAAACUCUAGAAGUGAGAUUUUGUGAAAGCAUGGUAUCGCUGCCAGAGUAUUUGGGAGACCUUACAUCUGUCAUGGAACUUACAAUAAUACACUGCAGGCGCAUGGUUUCUCUGCCGGAGACGUUAGGAGACCUAAUUUCUCUUACAACACUUCGGAUUGAUGAAUGCGAGGGCAUCAAGUCUCUGCCAGUCAGCAUACAACAACUCACUCGCCUGCAGACUCUAGAAGUGUCCGGUUGCAAGGACAUGGUUUCUCUGCCGGAGGCGUUAGGAGACCUCAUUUCUCUUACAACACUUUGGAUACAAGAUUGCGAGGGCAUCAAGUCUCUGCCAGUCAGCAUACAACAACUCACUCGCCUGCAGACUCUAGAAGUGGUCAAAUGCAAGGGCAUGGUUUCUCUGCCGGAGACGUUAGGAGACCUCAUUUCUCUUACAAGCCUUCGGAUAUCUGAUUGCAGGGGCAUCAAGUCUCUGCCAGGCACCAUACAGAAACUCACCAAUUUGCAGCGCCUAAUGAUUGAUGGAUGCCCUGAACUAGUUCAGUGGUGCGAAUCGGAGGAGAACAAGAUGAAGCUCGCUCAUAUUAUAGACAAGGACUUUUGACGGAGGCUGCCAAGUGAUGAUGAGUCAGAAACUGAUGAAGAAUCAGGAAGUGGUCAUGAAGAUCCAGUAAUUGAUGAAGAGCCAGAAAGUGAUGUAGAGCAAGAAACUGGUCAGAAACUGAUGAAGAACCAGAAAGUGAUGAAGACCCAGUAACUGAUGAAGAGUCAGAAAGUGAGAAAGAACUAGAAACUGGAUCAGAAGGUGAUGAAGAGUCAGAAAGUGACAGAAGAGUCUGGAAGUGGCGAAGAGUCGGAGAACGAGGACUUCGAGAGUGGUCAGGAGGAAACAUAAUGCAAUGCAUAGUUCAGGAAGUGUCUUUUCUGGGGAAGUCAAAGAGGAGCCCCCUACUUAAAUUUUAUUAAGACAGGAAUGCAGUUGUACAUCAGCAAAAAAAAGAAAUGAAACAAUAUUUUUGAAAAAGAUAAUAAAGAGGAUAAAAGAAGGAAAAAGAGACAAAACUGACAAAGUCCUAUUGCAGCUUCCUGUGUCCGUUGUUGAACCCAAUGUAUCAGAUUGUCUCUUCUAUUACUUGUUAUUGUUCUGUUUCCUGCAAGAGUUUUCAUUAUUCUCGAACAGUUUCUCAAGUCGCCUUUGCUAUUUAUUUAGCACCAUAGUAGCAAACAGCGUUUGAGUACAAUUUUGUAUCAUUUGAUUCAUUUCCCACAAAUUUUAUGAAUUGCCAAAAUGUAAUCCCCACAAUUCUGUACUUAGUAAUAUAUACCAGAACAGUUGGCCACUUGUAAAA